AUGUCCUCACUAACGCGAUUUGUUCAAUCAAUCGGCAUUCGCCGUAAUUUCUCUACUGGUGUACCAGAAACAUCAAGACUCAUUUAUGCAUCUAACAAUUCUGGUCUCGUGAAGCUCAUUAAGCUAUUCUCUGUAUCUACUCUUGGAAUUUCCUCUGCUGCUACACCUGCAGUAAUGUAUUUCUGGGAUUCUCCAGCAGUUCAGGCAACCGAAUUGAGUGGUUAUAUGUUUCUUGGAGCUCUCGCGGCUAGUACAUGCUCUACUGGUGCACUCCACUUUAUGCUCUCUCCAUAUGUGCACACAAUUCAAUUACACUCACCCCCGCGAAAAACAGUGACUGCAGCUGAUACUAUUACACCUAACAGUGUUAUUACCCUUGAGACAUUGGAUAUGUUUGCGCGAAAACGAGAAACUACUCUAGCAUUGCGAGACUUGGUACCUAAUCCAGGCAUGUUCUCGACAUGGAAAGUAUCCAAGAAAGUACUGAACCGCCAGUUUGAGUUGGAGCGUGUCAAAGGUAUCCCACCAACCAUUCACCAAGACAAGUUCUGGCUUGAUCAGAGAGAUGCUAGGGGAGAUGGUCCAGUCAUGGCUAAUCUGAUACGUGUUGUGGAAGAACAUGAUCGCCGGCAGCGUUUGAUCUGA